AUACAGUAAGAACGACAGUGCUACGUGUCCAUCCAGUGGUAUAGUAUAGUGUCUUCCGAAUAAACAAUACGAGCCGGGCGGCGUAGAACAUGUAAAACGCUAGCUAAGUAGCUGACCGAUUGCAUAUUAGAUUUAAUUUAGUUUUUGGCAUCAAUAGUGUACGCAACCAAAUCAAAUAAAGUUCUUAGAUUUAAAAUGAUUAACAUUAGGAAUCUCUUGAUCAUUGCAGCUGUAAUCACCUACUUCGGUUUUUGUUGCCUGUCGAAACCGGCUGAACCCAUUACGGAUGCAUUCCCAGUCGGCAGUGAAAGAUCAUACGCUUUGGUCAAUGAAGUCACAGUCAAUCAUAGAAAGGGAGGCAAAAACAUUGGCUAUCGGCUGAAUGGCAUCCUGAAAGUCGGAGCAAUAUGGGGAACAGACGAGCAAAAACUUCUAAAGUUCCAUUUAAUCUCGCCGAAACUACAAACCAAAUCGAAAACGUCAGACAAUUAUGUGGAUCAAACAUCACCGCUGGACAUCGUUUCCGAUUUGGAGUUUUACGCUACCUGGGAACUGGGCAAAAUAACCAAAUCGUUCUUCAGCAAAAAGGAAGACGCGUCGGUGUUGAAUCUGAAGAAAGCUUUGAUCAGUUUGUUCCAAUAUCAAUUAAUGGAUGGCCGGUACACGGAGGAGGACAUCAGUGGUAGUUGUGAUGUCGUUUAUCGUACCAAAUCACCCAACCGCUACGAGAAGAUGAAAACGAAUUGUAAAGGCGAUGAUUUGGGAUACCAUUCACGAGACACCACUGCCAUUGGUGUUAGUGUUGUGUCGUGGCGUAUGUCUGAUUUCGUUGUUACGCAAGAGGGAACAUUGGAUAAAGUGGAAAGUAGAGAAUACCAUGAAAUUGCUGUGAAUGCAUUUAAAAGUGCCGGAGGAGGUCUGGAGUCGGUGAUAUCAUUGAAGUUCGAUGGCAGCAUAUCAAACAUUCAAACCAUUAAAGAGGCAACUGUUGGUGCUGCUGUUAAAUCCAUCAAAGGAAUCAAAUCGCAGCCACUACCAUCGAAUGUCGACUCGAAGAGUGGACGGCCAAAAACACCAAACUUAAAAGAUCUCGUCAAAUCAUUCAAAGACGACUUGGCCGAUGAACAUGUUGGGAAAUUCCGCAAUGCUUUGGCGAUAGCGAAAAUGGUUCCGUCAGCUCGAUCGGCUACAAAAGACGAACUGUUGCAAAUUUUGAAGUCCCAUACAAUGAAAGACUACCGAGGCCAGCUACUAGAUCUGAUGGCAGCAACGCAGACUAAGGAAUCUCAUGAUGCGGUCAGGUCAAUUAUCGAUUUUACUUCAGCCGAACAACAAACGGAUGCGGAAAGAUAUCUGCAGUCGUUAGCGAUCGGUACCAGGCCUAGACCGGCGGUCAUCAAAGAGUUACUUCAGCUGACGGAAAAGAAAUUUAGUGAACCGAAAAUGGAGGACACUUUGGUGCAGACGAUAGCUUCAAUGGGUUACCGUUAUGCGCGGCUUCCUAAUCAGAACUAUGACAGUGAAAUCGUGAAGGCGAUCGAAGGUUACUUGUUGAAAUCGUUGAAGACUUGCAAGGAACCACUUUCCAAAGUGAAGUUCCUUCGAGCACUGCAAAAUUUACAGUCACCCGCCGUGAAGUCUGUUCUCUGGACAAAUGUCUACGACAGUGAAAGACUCGUAACUGUGGCCGCUAUGAAGGCACUGAGGAGUUAUCCGAGCCGGUUUUGGUUGGACGAUGAUAAAAAGGAAUUUUUGAAAGUUUUCUAUCAGCAAAUCAGAAAAUUCGACUCAAGCGUCCGAACACUAGCCCUCGAUGUUAUAUUGGAGCUACAACCGUCAGUCACUGAAAUCACAGAACUUCUACACUUUUUGAGGUCCAACGAUAAGGCAUUUGAAGUGAAACAAUAUUUGCUGCAGAAUCUGAUUAUGAAAGGCGAUCGGUGCCCGGAAUUCAGAGUAAGACUCACAGAGGCUUUAUCCAGUGAGCCGCUCCUGAACAAUUAUCAUAUCAUCGGACAGAAGGGACUGUCGACUGCCUUGUCCCGAAUGUUCUCGAAACCGCCGUCAUUUAAUGGAACAUUGCUUAGCAUUCAAGAGGUUCAUGGUGGUGUUUUGAAACGCGGUGUGGUCGAUAUGACUGUCGAUACCAAUACCGACCACUUCAGUCUAUUCACGCUCGAACUUUAUGCAGCCGGACUGUCAUCCUUCAUGGGUGGUUCAGACGAAGAUACCGAUGCAAAUGAAUCCACAACAGCUGGAAUGGAGAUAAAAGUGCAGGGUGCCUAUUUUCGGCCGUUAGAAUUUUUCAACGGUCAAGGUGAGCUAAUGGGACACGUUUGGAGUGGCACAGCAUCGGAACCAACGCCAGCGUACACUGCCACAUCUCUGCUGCAUGAUCACGAAGAGAUUUUGCGACUACAAAAUGGUGCAUCGUUGCGUAUAAAUGUGUUGGGAGCGCUGUCUAUCGAUCUGAACGGACAAGUGCAGCUUAGUUUGUGGAACAAAAACGCUCACUGUCAAGUCGACAAAAACAUGGGCAUUGCAUUGACUGGGUCAAUUAGUUCCGAAACCAGUUUCAUUUCACUGAAUGUGGGCUUCACUAUUACGGAAGAACCGAAACUGCAACUUUUGACCGAUACAGAUUUUUCGUCCGAUGUACAGCUUUGUAUGCAGUUAACCCAGCCGGAAGUCGUAAUGAGGCAUGACAUCACCAAAGUACAGCAAGUACCAGGAUACACUCUUCGGAGGAAAAUGAAUUUUGUUCAUCGACUGCCUGGCUUUACGCAUUAUUUGAACCAAAAAAACAACGACAUGUGCAGAUCGAUACUGUCGUAGUCGGUUGUUAACAUUUUCUUUUUGUAAAUUGUAAAAUAAAUGGAGAGUCGCUGGGGUGAUGACUGUAAACGAGGAA